GUGUGUGUGUGUUUGUGUGUGUGUGUGUGUGUGUGUGUGUGUGUGUGUGUGUGUGUUGGGGGCGUGUCUCAGGGCGGAUCAGAGUUUGAAGUGAAAGUAAAACCGUUUAGGUUCUGCUGUUUAGUUUCUCUUUGGUUGUCUGUCUUUGGUUCUCUUUUGUUCCGGCUCGAACUUUAGGAUGAACCGCGCGAUCGUGCUCGACGCGCUGUCCGCGCUCACCUGCGCCACGGUUAAGGACCGCGCGCAGCCCGGCUCCCCCGGACUGGACCUGUCCGAGCUGACGGUGCAGAACUUCGUGUCGUCCGCGCUGCUUCCGCUCAUCCUCAGCAAAGACGAGCCGAGCCGCGCGGAGCCGGAAACGGAGCCGGACGAGCGGACGGAGCUGUUCGUGGACAUCAACAAUUUCCUCGCGCCGAGCUUCGACUACGACUUCAGGAACCUAAAUGACUCCUCCGAGUGCACGCGCGGCGGGGAGCCGUACACGCGCCCCUGCGGCUGGUACCGCUUCGCGCUCAAAGUUGUGAAUAAGUACCCGGAUGGGAACGCGUGGCUGGGUCCGGGCGGCUGGAGGAACGAAUCAGCGGCCGGAGAGUGGCCCGUGUCCUACCACGCGACCGGGAGACCCUCAGAGGGGAACCAGCGCGCGGAGUUCGGCAUCUUCUCCACCCCGAACAUCGUCGCGGCCCAACAGGACGAGCAGAUGGUCAAGGAGUUCGAGAAGGACGGACAGCGCUACAGAGUGAUGAUGCAGAACAGGAUCAACCCCGCCGAGCGCGUGAGGCUCAACGACGACCUGUGGCUCGUGAAGGUCCCCCUGGACCUGUACGCGCUCGAGGAGGAGCGGAGGAGAGAAGAGCUUAAGAAGCUGCUGGACAGAUCGAUCAGGCCGUACGGGAUCCUGAUCAGACAGAUCGACUGACCACCAGGACAUCUCAGCGUCACCUCCAGAACGAUUAAUCACAGCAGACAUCGCCAAUCAAUCAUUAAUCACCUAUAAUCAAGGAAUGAUUUCACACUUAAACAAAUGACUCCACAAGCGCGAGACUGAAAGUGGAGGUGUUAUGCAUUUUCUCAGUGGGAGAGAGACCUUGUCAUAAAACAGAGAGAGAGAGAGAGAGAGAGAGAGAGAGAGAGAGAGAGAGAGAGAGAGCUCAUGAGUUAUGAUCAUUAUUCAUUUUUGUUUACCUGUGGGUAUGUAAAGAUUAUGUUUCUGUUUGUUUGUUUGUUUGGGACAUGUUUGUUUGUUUGUUUAUCUGUUCUGUCUUUCUGUGAUUCUGCUGUGAAUUCAGGACGAUUAAAGUUUAGUUUUUUCUC